AUGUCCGAUGCAUUCUAUCCACCAGGGUUCAAACCACCGGUACUCCAAAAGCUCGGAUCCGAUGCUCCUCCAGUGGACAACGAAGGGAAGAGGCUAUUUGAGGGAGAGAAGUUUCACGUUAUUCCGAAUGAUAGAGAAGAGGGAAGGAUAGGCGAAGCCCAUGGUUUAGAUAUUUUUGAAAAGGUCAAGGAAUUAAUCACCGAUCGAGCAGGUGGUACAGUCGUUCCCCUGGACAAGGCGUCCUAUAUCCUGAUCCGUCAUUCAGAUAUCAACCGAUUCGCCGAAACUUUCGAUCCAGUAUCUGCGAGAAGAAUGAUCCACUUCGAUUGGGUCAUGGACAGCUUGAUCGUGAGACAUAGAAUUAGUAGAGAUCGGUACUGGGGUAUACCCAGAGAGAGGGAGAAGGCGGAGAAGCAUCGCGCACAAGGGUUGGCUCUCAUUUGUCAAGAUAUACCUCGAGAUCCCCGAAAAGAUCAAUCCAUGCGUAACCCAGGUAGAUGCCAGGAUCAAUAUGAUUUAGAGGUUUCGAAUCGCGUCGCUUCGUGUUCAUCUUCCAACUCACAGUAUCACGCAACAAAGGGUGAAUUCUCCUGGUACGAAGCAAGAAGAGCAUCAGAAUCAUAUCGAGGGGUACCCGGGUAUAGUGAGACCAGUAUACCUAGCAUGCGCAGAUCAUCUGGGCCGAUACCUGCUAAGCGUAACAUCGAGAGGAAGAUCAGAGAAUGCGAUGGUACGCUUUGCGAUAUAAUUCAGCAAGCCUCGAGGGUUAUUGUUGUCGAUCCGAGGUUCUUAUUUGGGUUCAAAGAUGGAAAUUCGGGUACCACUGUGUACGGGAAGAAACAGCUAUUCGGGGACUUCGAACUAUCAGCGAGGGCUGGAAAGAUCAUUUUGACAGAAGGUUUCAUCCAUGAUUGUCAUCACAGGAAAAGAAUGCUGGAUGAGAAGGAAUAUAUGGUGGAGAAGGAGGAUCUGGAAGGCUUCCAAUGUUGGGCAAGAACCAAAGAUAGAAAUCUUUUGCGAUCGAGACAGAAUCCCAACUUCAUGGUGUGUGGUGGAAGGGAGGUCGCAAAAAGUGUGGACUCGGAGAGACAGAGAUAUGUCUCGCGGUUUUACGCCACUCCUGAGUCGCCUGAAAGGCUCAAUCAACCUGUCGAAUCGCCAGAUAAUACCCUUAGUCCCGAAGAUGCAUUUCUCACAUCCCAUUCUAGAAAUUUGAACAAUGUACAAACGGAUGCUGAUGAAGAGAAGAGCAGUGUAGCUGCCAAUCGAAGUCCAUCGCACCCUAACCCACCGAUGCCAAAAUAUGAUGACGAGGAUCUCGAUAUAUGCUGUACAGAUCCUGAAGACGAGUCUGAGGAAGGAGGCAAAGGGAUCUUCCAAAGCCGAUGCCGAUUAGUCACCUCGAAGCAAGACUCGAGAUCUUCCAGUCCCUUGACGGUGGAUGAAGAUGUCGAUAGCAAUGAGCCUGACGAUGAGAAACAGAAUGAUCCUUCCUACGUUGAGAAAAAAGUGGGCAGUAGGAAAAGGAGGGUCAAAGAGAACAAUUCUGGUGACUCUCUAAAGAGGGACAGGAAAUGGUACAGAAUUCAGCAUGACACCGUUCAUCCUUCGGAUCAGGCACAGUAUGACCAGCUCAUCGAUAUCUUGCGAUCACAGCUGAAGACAAAUAAAAGCAUUCCCAAAGGUGGUAUGAGAGCUUUCACAGCUGGGUAUGGGCUGGAAUCGAUUUACCGAAGAUAUUCUGCUAUUAUUCGAGAAGCUGUACCUGGUCUCCCAGUAGGGGGCCCUCAAAAGAAGCUCAGGAAGACGAGAUGA